AUCAAAAUGGCGGACCGAAGUCGACAGGCAGUAGCUCAGGGUGGAUUUUGGAGUUCACAGCAGCCCCAAUACAGCCAACAGACACAAGAACUGAUGAAACAAAUGAUGAAGGAAUCCAAACUAACAGCUUUCCAACAAAGGCAACUGUCACAGACCAUGCAGAAGGGUGAGACGUUACCCCCCAGAGUUCUUCCAACAACCAGUGCUGAACCUGGGAUGCUAGAAACAGUUGGUCCCCCGCCACCUCCCAAAGUAUUAAACCCAAAGAACUACAAAGGCAACAUGCGCAAGAAAGAAGAUAUUGAAGCAUCUGGUGCUUAUAAGAGGCAAAAGUUCAGACCACAACCUGGGCCAAAUCGCAGUGCAGAUAAAGAUAAGGAGAGGCUACAAAAUAUGAUGGCAUAUGGAGAAGAUUUGCCUGCUCCCACAUCAGCCUCUAUAAGAAAAGCUAGAGCUAAGAUGUUACCAGAGGAUGAACCUUAUGUGGAUAGAUUUGAUGAAUUACAGGGUGAGAUAAAUGAGAGAAAGCAGUUCAUGAAGGAUAUGGAGAAGCUCGGACAAGGAGAUAAAUUCAGACAAAUUAUAGAUACAGAAGUAUCACAGAAAAUUCGAGAAAUGGAAAUAAUUGACAGAAAAAGGACUGAACAAUUAGAAGAUUACAUUAAGAAAAGAAACAAUGAAAAACAAAAAGAGAAAACUAUUCCACACGUAUCUUUUGAAAAUAGUGACAAAUAAAUGCACCUGAUGAGAAUCAAGAAUUUAUAUCUGGAUGUUUGCAAUCUGAAUAUAAUAACAAUGGAACAUGAAGAAACAGAAAUGGGUUAGUAUGUCAUGGAGAUACAGGAUGAG